AUGUCGCGGUGUCAGGCUGUCGCGCGGCCGCUCGCAAGGCAAUUACGGCAGUCAUGCGCCGUUCGGCCAUUCACAACGGCCGCUCCUCGGGCCGCUGAGGUCCAGGAGCAAGCUGCGGCUGCCUCCAGGGAACCCAGCGCCUUGGACCUCGAUCCUACUACUGUCCUUCCCGAAUUCGAAGCCGAGCUGAUCAAGGCUGGCAAGAUGCCAAUUGGCUCGAGAAGACGACGAAUGGCCAUGCGCACGACACAGAAUAUCCCGUUUGAGCAGCUACCCUACCAGGCGUUUCAGGAGGCCCGUAAGAUUUUGGCGGCUGACCGUGAGGACAAGCUGGCCAAGAUCAAGGCGGAGCUGGACAAGAUUUCAAAAUUGGAGGCAAAGGAUGCUGCCGAUGUCAAGGGCGGGCAGAAGAUGAAGGAUGUAAAGUUGGCGAGUUUGAGGAGGGAGGUUGAGCGGUUGAAGCUUUUGGCGGAUGCGAAUGAUCCUUUGGUCAAGAAGCGAUUUGAGGACGGCUUGGGUGACAUGAACAAGCCGAUUUACCGUGCCCUUGCCGAGAAGAAAUGGCGUUCGUACGAUUACCGCCUCAUCACCCAGCGAAUCAAGCAGUUCAACAUUGUUCCCGACGUUCUACCCAAGCUGGAACCCACCGCCGACGUACAGCUUUACUUUCGCCAAUCCAAGAUUGCCCCUGGCGACAUUGUCAACAGCCAGGUCAGCGAGAAUGCGCCGCGCCUGCGCGUCCAAGUCUUCAACAAGGGCGAGCGCCUGGUCACCGUAGUCGUUGUGGACUCGGACGUCCCGGACAUCGAAGGCGACAGCUUCACCAAGCGAUGCCACUACCUGGCUGCCAACAUCCCCCUCAGCCCCACCGACACGUCUCUCCCGCUGGGCAAAAUCGUCGCCGAGGACCAGCUGGCCGUCCCCUGGAUGCCUGCCUUUUCGCAGAAAGGCGCCCCGUACCACCGACUGGGCAUCUACCUGCUCGAGCAGCGCGCCGGCGACAAGGUCGACGUCGCCGCGCUGAAGGAGCUAUACGCUGCACGCGGCGGAUUCUCCCUCAAGUCGAUGCGUGACAAGUUUGGCCUCGCGCCCUUUGGCUUCAGCCUGUUCCGGUCCGUCUGGGACGAGAACACGGCCGCUGUCAUGGCCCGCCACGGCAUCUCCGGUGCCGAUGUCGAGUUGCGGCCCACGCGUGUGCACAGCCUGAAGCCGCCCGUCAAGCCGCGCGGUUGGGAGGCCAAGCGACAGGGGCCCAAGUACCGCCACCUUUGGAAGUAUACCAAGCGUAUCAAGGGCAUUUCCAACGCCAAGGGCUGGAUCAAGCGGAGGUGA